CGAUUUGAAUUAAUUUGUUAUUUGUUAUGACAUCCAUCAUCAGCAUCACAAAUCACCCAACAAUACGUAGAGUUGUAACACCAUUUACUCCCGUAUUUGGUUUAUGCACUUAGUAAAAUGGAUGGGUAUUGUUGUCCAAAUAUCAACAAGCUUUCAUGCCCACAGCGCAAUUAGCGGCAGGAGCACUGAUAACUCCUUUUUCGGGCGAAACUUUGUCAAUAUGACCCACGCAACUGCAUCGUUAUUAGACUGAAUCUGAGUCAUUUCUCUGGGUAUAAAGUCCGUAUAAGUAUAUUUUUUUACGGGCACUGUAGUUGCAUUCCACUGACCAGCUAGUGCCUCCAUAUGGAUCACAUGGAUGCAUACACUAAAAUUUCUAACAAUUCUAUAACACAUUUCAAACAUAAUAAGUCUGAGCAUUUGGCCAAAUGAAUAUUGAUUCAAUAAAGUCGUGUUUUAGAAUCAUUAAAAAGUGUCGUGUUUUAGAAUAAUAAGUCCCUAUAUAGGUAGAAAAAUUCGUCCUGGUGUUGCGUUAAGCUCACAAUCUCCGAAUGGAUAGGAUAUCAAACUAUUUUUGUUUCAGAUUCUAGUCGCAUUUACAUUCUGUAUAAAUUGAGUUAUUUUGAGCAAUCAGACCGGGCAAACAACGCAGAGAUGUUAGUGGAGAUUGUGUUGUUGUUUGUGUUGGUGUUGGUGUACGCGGUGCUGAGGGACAGGCGCCCCCGCAACUGCCCCCCUGGUCCGUUUGAAAUACCGUUCUUCGGAGGUCUCCCCAUCAUAGAUGAAGGACCUGCGGAAGAUCUGAAGAAAAAGUAUGGCGACGUUGUUAUGUAUCGGACUGGAUCGUUCCGCAAUGUGUUUCUGUUCGACUACAACACCGCCAAGGAGGCCAUGGCGAGACUCGAGUUCGCCGACCGCCCUAUUUUCUUCUCCACAUUCAGCAUCGAUGACAAGAAACUAGGAGGCCUGCUUGGCAGCAACGGCGUACACUGGCAGCACGACCGUCGCUUUGUGCUGCGCAACCUCCGCAAGCUCGGCAUGGGCAAGAGUUACCUGGAGGAGGCCAUCAACAUCGAAGCCAAGGCGCUGGUGGAAGACCUCAAGAAGUACGGCGGUGAAGCCAUCAACUACCCCGACAGCUUCAGGACUGUGGCGCUCAACAUCAUCUGGCAGAUGGUGGCCAGUACGCGAUUCGACCUACGAAGCACGGAGGUAGAAGCCAUCUACAAAGUCAGCAAGGAGUUCCAGACGAAGUUUACCCCCAUCAUGUUCCUACCCUCGUUCGUCCCGGUACUUGACUACCUACCGAAAUGCGUGAAGAACUACCUGUUCAAUGAACACAUUGUUGACGAGUUCUUCGACGAGAUGAAAGCCAUAGUAAAGGCAACCAUAGACCAACAUCUGAAAGACUACGACCCAGACAACAUACGAGAUCUCAUGGACGAGUACAUCAAAGGCAUUAAGGAUGGCGAAGGGGACGAUGAAACCUUCUUCAGAAAAGGAGCCUUAGGCCAGAUCAUCAACGACCUGUUCCAAGCGGGAUCAGACACAGUAAACUUCCAGCUGAAGUGGGUGGCCUACCUGCUCGCCCGGUAUCCAGAGUACGCAACGAGGAUGCAGCAGCAAAUAGACGCCGUCGUGCCCAGGGACCGCAUGGUGUCGCUCGACGAUAAGCCAGGGUUGCCUCUGAUCGAAGCCUUCGUGAUGGAGACCAUGCGGUACUCCUCAAUGAUCACCAUGAACGUUCAGCGCUCUGCCACGCGUGACACAACAAUCAACGGCUACUUCAUCCCCAAGGACACGAUAAUCAUCGUUUCCAACUACUCCGUCCACCACGACCCGCGGUAUUGGGAAGAGCCCGACAAGUUCUACCCUGAACGAUUCCUGGACGAGAAUGGAACUAAGUUCACGGCCCCCAAGCAGGGCUUCUUCGCCUUCGGUUCGGGUCGGCGUCAUUGCGUGGGGGAGCUGCUGGCCCGCAUGGAGUUGUUCCUCUUCACCGCCGCCAUCGUCCAGCACUUCGACGUGCGCCCCCCGCACGGCGUCGACAUCGCCGAAGAAGGCGUCCGCAACUAUGCCGGCCUGCGGGUACCAGCUGAUCGGAAACUCGUGUACAAACCGAGGGAUUAAAUCUCCCAUAAAAAUCAAAACAUUAAAAUCACGGACAAUCACCCAUACAGAUCAGAGGAUAAAAUUAUGGACAUUCUCCCGCUCAAUUCAAAGGAUUAAUAAUAAAUAGAAAAUAAUAGCGGUUUCAGCGUUUAUUAGGCCGUAG